AUGGGCGAUGUUGCAUUAGAUUUGUUGUCCAAAGACAAGAAGGAUGGGGGCCCUUCGGCUGUCUAUGCCACAAAGGACGUGGAAAGUGUCAUUCGCGAACAGAAUACAAACAUAGAACAUGGCCUAUCUGAGGCUGAUAUCGAUUUCCGGAGACGCCUGGCCGGCCCAAAUGAACUGGUCCAGGAAGACCGCGAGACAUUACUAUCCAAGUUUAUUGACCAGUUCAAGAACCCAAUGAUACUGCUACUUCUGGCGAGUGCUGCCAUAUCUGCCAUCAUGGGUGAAAUCGAAGAUGCUAUCAGUAUCACCCUGUUCGUUCCUGUGGCAUUUGUACAAGAAUACCAGUCAGAAAAGUCACUCGAAGCUCUGAAUAAGCUCGUGCCUCAUAGUUGUCACGUCAUUCGGUCUGGACGCUCGCUAAACAUGAUGGCCAGUGAACUAGUACCUGGUGAUUUAGUUGUUUUUGGAACGGGUGAUCGAAUCCCCGCUGAUAUUAGAAUAGCCUUGGCUGUAGACUUGGAAAUUGACGAGUCGAGUUUAACUGGAGAAACAGAACCAUGUAGAAAAAAUACCAAACAGAUUACACGAGAAAGUGCUGACCUACCAAUUGCUGACCGAAAGAAUAUAGCAUUCAUGGGGACAUUAGUUCGGAAUGGUCACGGACGAGGGAUUGUAGUUGGAACUGGAGCAGAUACAGAGUUCGGAUUUGUUUUCAACAUGAUGAAUCAGGUGGAAACUCGCAAAACGCCGUUACAACUCAAAAUGGAUCAACUCAGCAAACAAUUAUCUGCAUUAUCGCUGGCAGUUAUUGGUGUCAUCAUGUUGAUUGGAUUAAUACAGGGCAGACAAUGGUUGGAGAUGUUUACCAUCGGAGUGAGUUUGGCCGUUGCAGCCAUUCCAGAAGGCCUGCCUAUAGUCGUCACAGUCACUUUAGCCCUUGGAGUGCUAAGAAUGGCCAAGAGGCAAUGUAUCAUCAAAAAGUUGCCAUCUGUCGAAUCAUUGGGUUCUGUGAGCGUUAUCUGUGUAGACAAAACAGGAACAUUGACUGAAAACAAGAUGACUAUAACAAAGCUGUUUACAGUCUCUGGUGGUGUCGUGGAUAUGGAUGGUCAUUAUUCAAAACCUGGCCUUGUUGAGAAUCAAGCUGUUGGGACGCUCCUGAAAAUUGGUACCGUAUGCAACAAUGCCCAAAUUAAUGAUGGCGACAAUAGCAUAGGUCAGCCUACUGAAAUCGCCUUGUUGAUUUUAUCUCGUUCUCUGGGAUUCAAGGAUGAGAGAAAGGCAAUUGCUCGCUUAUCAGAAACACCAUUUACUUCAGAACGAAAGUACAUGUCCGUCUUAGCGGCAUCUCCCGCAAAUGCUCCCUCAGCACCAAUAUAUAACGUAAAGGGUGCUCCCGAAGUCCUCUUAUCGAAAUCAAGUCGAUACCUAACGCAAGAUGGACAACAACGUCCUUUAGAUGGUGUAACCCGACAAUCUAUUAUGAAUGCAGUCACAACUGUCUCGUCGGAAGGAUUACGAGUGAUUGCUUGUGCUUAUGGACUACAAGAAAGUGAUUUAACGUUUUCUGGAUUUGUUGCUAUGCAUGAUCCACCACGAGCUGGUGUUUCUCAAGCAGUGAAAAAGCUGUUGGAGGGUGGUGUUAAAGUGGUUAUGAUUACUGGUGAUUCUGCUGAAACCGCAGUAUCUAUCGCCACACGAGUUGGAAUAAUGCCUUCACCUUCAUCAACGAGUGUACUCUUGGGAAGAUCUGGUACCAUGUCUGGUCCAGAAGUUGAUGCUAUGAGUGAUUCUCAAUUACAGGCUACCAUUGAAUCUAUUGGAGUGUUUCAUCGUGCAACACCAAAACACAAGAUGGCUAUUGUGAGAGCGUUUCAAGCUAAUGGUGAGAUAGUUGCCAUGACGGGCGAUGGUGUCAAUGAUAGUCCUGCUCUGAGACUUGCUGAUAUUGGCAUAUCGAUGGGCAAGAGUGGAACAGAUGUUGCCAAGGAAGCUGCUAAAAUGAUCCUAGUGAAUGAUGAUUUCACAACGGUUUUAUACGCCAUUGAGGAAGGCAAAUCCAUAUUUUACAACAUACAGAACUUUUUGCGUUUUCAAUUAUCGACAUCUGUGGCUGCCAUCAGUUUAAUAGCAAUAUCUACAUUCUUGGGUCUGCAUAAUCCUCUUAAUGCCAUGCAAAUACUGUGGAUUAAUAUCAUUUGUGAUGGUCCUGUAGCCCAGUCGCUAGGUGUUGAACCUGUAGAUCCAGAUGUGAUGAGGAAACCACCAAGGUCACCGAAUGAACCAAUUGUGACUAGGAAACUAAUGGGUCGAGUCUUGUUGAGUGCCAUAAUAAUAGUAGGUGGUACCUUAUUAAUUUAUGAAAGUGAAGGUAAAGAGGGUGCAGGAACUGCUCACGGCACUACUAUGACAUUCACCUGCUUUGUAUUCUACGACAUGUUCAACUCCCUCACAUGUCGCUCCCAAACAAGAUCCAUAUUUACCAUCGGCCUAACAAGCAACCCAAUGUUUCUAUACGCAGCCGCAUUCGUGAUAUCGGGCCAACUUCUAGUAAUCUACGUGCCCUUCUUACAAGCAAUCUUCCAGACAGAAGCUAUAUCACUAUACGAUUUAUCGAGGCUUGUGUUGCUGGCCAGCACCGUCUUGAUUGCCGAUGAGAUCAGAAAAUGGCAUUUUAGGGCUUAUGGUGGCGGUAGUGGUGGACUGAAUUCUACACCGACUAUAACGAGACGCAGAGACACUAAGAUGGGUGGAAGGAAGGAUUCGUCAGAUGCUAGUAUGCAUGUGCCCUUCUUGUCGUCGCCUGAUGCUGGUGAGAAUGGUAAUAGUGGGUUUGAGAAUGGGAAUGUUGCUGGUGAGAAUGGGAAUUGGUGGAGUACUGGAGGUGGUAGGACUGCGAGGCAGAGGAAUUCGGAUUCUAUUAAUGUUUGA